AUGGAGGAGUUUGGGUUUGCUAUUAAAAUAUGGCAGAACAAACCUGUUGAACAUCUGUAUCUUUGGAACCACGAACGAUUAUUGGUGAAGUAUUGCGGUGCAUCUUCUGCAUAUUUUUUGCGAACACUUGCACCAUUGGAUAUUAACAUUGAGAUUCACUUAUUUAAUCAGGGCACCAUCGGAGGGCGACUAGCAACUAUUCAGAUGCCGUAUAGCGAUCAGAAACGUAUGUUUGAGGCCGGUGGCAGUGUUUUGCAUCCUGCUAAUCUUUAUUUCAAAAAUUGGAUGGAAAAAUUUGGGCGACUAAACAAUAUACUGUGGAUGCGAUAG